UAAUGAAAGUCUAUGAAGAUUUUUUCCUUUACAAAGAAGGAAUCUAUAGACACUCCUACAAAGCAGGAUCCAAAUGGAAAACACACUCAGUGAAACUCCUUGGGUGGGGAUCAUUACCUGGCAAAAAUGGACAAAAACAGAAGUUCUGGAUUGCAGCAAAUUCAUGGGGAAAAUACUGGGGAGAAAAUGGCUAUUUUAGGAUUCUACGUGGACAAAAUGAAUGCGAUAUUGAGAAGUUGAUUUUAACUACUUUGGGAUAGCCACUGCCUUUUACCUGAAGUAUUAUACUGUAUGGUGCUUUGUGUAUCUAUUCUUCCAUUGUUGUACAACAAGUCUUUCUAGAGAAAUAAAAAAUUCAUCUCUUAUGUUAUA